AUGAGCCGCUCCAAGAAGUGCGGGCGCCAAAGAAAGCGCCGCGCCAGCGAAGAUGUGAACAAUCUCAGCAAUAAGAAACGAAAAGAUGGUAUAUCUAGACCAGUAGAUCCUGCUGCUCCAACUGUGAUUGAGAUUGUCCCGGUGGAUGAUCAUCAGAGGGCUGAGAAGACUUUAUUGAAAAUGCUGGGUGGUAUGCCAAUUCACACAUUCCUGUCCGAAUAUUUUGAGCAAAAACCGCUGCAUGUGCGCAAUGCAGUCAAAGGCGCGCUGUUUGAUAGUCACCUGUUCUCGCGCCAAAAGAUGCUUAGGAUCAUGGAGAAACAGCCGCAUUCCAUGAGCUUCGGCAAAGACCUGAUGGUUUGCAGAUACAUCAAUUCAAGGCGCGAGAAUUUCGAAUCAGAUCAUCAUGAUAGUAAAGCAACAAGUAGACAGGUUGCCAGCUUAUUGGAUCAGGGUUAUAGCUGCCAAUUUUACCAGCCGCAGCGCUACGCAGACGGGCUGUAUGAAUUAAAUGCUGCCAUUGAAGAGGUAUUUGGUUGUCUGGCAGGUGCUAGCGCAUACUUGACACCCGCUAAUUCUCAGGCCUUGGCGCCGCAUUAUGACAAUGUAGAGAUUUUUGUGCUACAAACACAGGGUCGCAAGAAAUGGAAGCUUUAUCAUCCGCAGGUGGAGUUAGCGGGUGAACACAGCUUGGAUUUGACGGUGGAUCAGAUUGGUGAGCCGUGGAUGGAAUUGACCAUGGAAAAAGGAGAUCUGCUAUACUUCCCGCGUGGCGUCAUACAUCAAGCCUGUACCGACGAUAAUGAAUUUUCGACGCACGUGACAAUUUCGGUGUACCAGCACAAUUCAUGGGCAAACUUUCUCGAGGUGGCUCUGCCUCGCAUACUUCGUCAAGCGUUUGACUCGGACGUUUCAUUUCGUAAAGGUCUUCCUGUUGGCUACUUGCGUUUUAUGGGUACUCAAUCUUCGUCGGACUCUGAGGACGCUAAGGAGUUUACAGCUAUCUGCAAGAAACUAGUUGGUAAACUUGCUGUUUACGUCAGUGAUAAAAGUCUGCAGGAAGCCGCUGAUGAGGCUGCGAUGGAUUUGAUUGCCAAUCGUCUACCGCCGUCGGCGAAGUUGACGAACAAAGCAGAUGAUCUAGGUCCGAGUCCGCUUGACAGCAAUGUCACCAUUCGCUUCAAAAAUCGCUCACACAUCCGCUUAUCAAUGGGUGAAGACGAAAUGAAGGAGGCAUAUGUUGCCGUUUAUUUUUCGUUGUCAAACUGCAGGCGGCAUCACAUGGGUCUGUGUACAUGUGAUGGUGAAGAUGAUUGGAAGGGAAAGGGAGAUGAAAACGAGAGGAACAGCGACGAUGACGAAAGUGUCGAAAGUGGCAGUGCUAGCGAAAAUCAGAUUGAGGAGGACAAUGACAGUGAAAAUAUAGGUGGAGCGUUUACUAGCGUACCCUCUCAACCUAAAAGCAUUAUCUUUCCAGGAGAGAUGACACCUGCGCUCAUGAAAUUGUACGCAUCGUCUACCUCGACACGUGGGGCAACAAUUGAUGAGCUAGCAGAGACUACUGGUGACGAGACUUCGGUCAGUGGAAUGCUUUUACGGCUUUGGUCCGAGGGCCUGAUCGAUGUAAUGUUGCAAUCGUGA